UCAGAUUAUGCACUCCCUCACCCACCACCUCUCAGCAACACUCAAAGGCGGUUUUCCUGUGACCUCAUGAUGCCUGCUGUCAUAAUGAAUCAAUCCAAUACAGUAGCAGCGGAUGUUGACCCAGUGAAUAUCAUGCUCAUCGACACUCCACAAGGCAGCACCAAGAGACUGGCAUCUUUUUCUGCAGCAGUAUCAUUACUGAUGUCUCGGUACAAGCACACGGACCGCCUCCAUAAUACAGGUGUGGUGCAGAGUCGAGUCCUGCACAUCCCCCCUGCAUUCCUGCAGCAGGAGGAGGUGAUGGUGAGCAUCGCCGAUGACUGGGGCUCGCACCAGUUCCCCUUGACCACCAAGUUGAACAGGACAGUUAAGAGUCUGAUUGAUGAGAUUUUGCAGCUGCUCGACCGCAUAAACCACACCAGCGAGUAUUAUGUUCUAAAACUGUGCGACACAGAAGAAUAUCUGCUCAAUGAAGAACUCCUGGGUACACAUGAAUGUAUACAGAUCUACCACAAGUUUAACGUGACAGUGGCACUCCGACUGCUCAACGUCAACAACAUCAAGCACAGUUUGGCAAGAGACGCCACAGACGAUAAGACGCCAUGUCACAUCUACGAGCUGCUCAGAUUCACCUGCGUCUACAACAUCUCCAAGGUCACCCUGCAGAAUGUGAUCAAUGGCUACAUCAAAGACGUGAAGUCGAUCAUGAUGAGUAAGUCAGGGCAGAAUGUUAACGUGCUCGUGGGCCGUGCUUGCACCAUUUGUUACCUUCUGCGUGGAGUCUCGUGUGUGGAGCUGGAGGAGGCUUUCAGCAAACUGAAGAGAAUCAAACCUGGAUAUCUGGAUUAUAAUGAAAUGGGUGAUUGUGAAACUGCCAUUAUCAUGCUCAACCAUGCACUGCUAAAAGUGCUGCAGAUCUUCUUUGACAACUUCCCCUCAGGCUUCAGAGAGAUGUCCUCAGUCAUCUGCAAACCCCAAGUCAGAGAUGUUGAGCAAAACAGUGAAUCUCUGCAGUUUAACAUCUCUGCUCUCUACAGACUUCAACCCAUCUGGAUGGACACUUAUGAGCACUUUUCCAUUUCGUGUGUGUUGAUGUACGGAGAAAAGAAUGUUUCGGGGGUGACCGUUUGUGAAAAUAUCAGCACUGCCCUGUCACAAGGAACGAAGAUCCAAUGUAACCGCAUGAUGGUGUUUCCCAUUGCAGUCAGUCAGCUGCCUUAUGAGUGUAUGCUGAAGUUUAACCUCAUGGGCUCCAAACGAGGGAGAAGUCCUGAACAGUUAUGCUGGACUGUGCUGCCCCUGUACAGCCAAAGGACUCUGGUAAUGGCCAUCCUGCUGGGUAUGUUGUCACAGCCCGAGCUGCCGGGUCCUCCUUGCCCCGCCAUGUUUGAUCUCCACAACCAAGCUCUUGGGGUCAUACUUCAUCUUGAGUUUAAAGAUCAGAUUGAGUGGAUCUAUCAGAGGCCCAUCGCACUUCCUGGAUCAAUCAUAUUCACUCAGCCGUGUGAGGAAGUGCAGAAGAAAAUGCUGGACGUCUCUAAAAAGCACUGCCUCUGCUUUGUAUCAGAAAAUGAAAAGACUUUCCUGUGGAGUAAGCGUCACUGCAGCGAUAAAACAAACACAUUCCUCCACCUCGUGCUGGCUGGCGCCCCCCGGUGGCAACUGGAGGAUUUGACAGAGAUCUACACAGUGGUUGACCACUGGCCCAUCUAUCUACCGGAGGACGCGCUCUUCCUUCUCACUGACAGGUUUCCUGAUCAGACUGUCCGCAGAGCUGCAGUUCAGUACUUUGAGCAGAUUUCAGAUGAAGAGCUGGAGGAGUUUCUGCCACAGUUGGUGCAGGCUCUGAACAGUGAGUGGGAGCUGGACGGGCCUGUGGUGAUGCUGCUGUUAAACAGAUCAGUGAAGAACAUACGGAUUGCCCAGCAGCUUUACUUGUUGCUGUUGGAUGCCCAGCAUGGUGCUGUAUACCGGAGCUGGUUGAGUAAAGUGCGGGCCGCUCUGUGGUUCUGCUGUGGCAGAGCACUGAGGCAGGAGUUAGAGCACGAAACCCGCCUGGUCACUGUUCUUAUGCAGGUGGCUGUUAAAGUUCGUGAUGCUGAGAAGCCUCAACGAAAGAAAAUUUUGAAGCAUGAAAAGAAUAAGUUCAGUGAAUUCUUUAAAGAUGGGAUCAGCUGUCGUCUACCGUUGGAUCCUGCAGUCCACAUAAAUGGGGUGGACAUGGAUACCUGUAAGUUCUACAAUUCCAAUGCUGCUCCCCUGGGAAUCUCUUUCAUCGGUACUGACCCUCUGGCCAAGAACAUCAGUGUCAUCUGCAAGACAGGAGACAACCUGCGUCAGGACAUGCUGGUGCUUCAGAUAGUCCGUGCUAUGGAUCGGAUUUGGCUCCAUGAGGGAAUGGAUAUGUGUAUGGUCACUUUCAGAUGUCUCUCUACAGGCAAGGAUCAGGGUCUGGUUGAAGUGGUUUCAGAGGCUGUAACUUUGGCGAAGAUUCACCAGGAGUGGGGGUUUGGUGGAACUCUACGAGAGGACACACUGGAAAAAUGGUUCCACAUGUGGAAUAAAACAGAAGAGAACUACGAGAAGGCCGUGAUGAACUUCCUCCACUCGUGUGCAGGCUGGUGUGUGGCCACCUUCAUCUUGGGAAUCUGUGACCGCCACAAUGACAACAUCAUGCUGAAGCACAGUGGCCACAUGUUCCACAUUGACUUUGGCAAGAUCAUGGGCAACGCACAGAAAUUUGGAAACUUCAAAAGAGACCGCUCACCGUUCAUCUUCACACCAGAGAUGCAGCACUUCAUCAGUGGUGGGGGAGAGAAACCUGAGCGCCAGCAUUUCUUUGUGGAGCUCUGCUGCAAUGCUUACAAUGUAAUCAGGAGACGUUCUGCACUCAUACUCAGCCUGGUGGAGCUGAUGUUGAAUACAGGAAUGCCUGAACUGAAAGACAGCAGUGACCUGCAGUACGUCCAGAACAACUUCAGACCGCAUGACUCCGAUAUAGAAGCCACAUCCUACUUUACCCAGAAGAUCAAGGAGAGCAUGGACUGCCGUGCAGCCAGGUAUAACUUCUUAGCGCACAGCAUGGCUCAGGGGAGGAAACCAGGACAACUAAAACCACAAAAUAUUCCAGCUCCCAGCACCAACAUCCAAGAAGUUUUUAUUGAGAGUUACUCCUCCAGAAACAAAGAUGUGAUCUUUGGCCUCAGAGUGAAGAUCGGGGAUGGCUUUCUGAACAUCGAGAAGACGUUUAGUCAGCUGGAGCUGAUUCACAAGGAGCUGCAGAAACACUUCAUAGAAUCUCAAAUGCCAGCAUUUCCGAGCGGUUUUAUGAUCACACCAGGCAGUAAAAAGUCCCAACUGAAUAAAUACCUGAAACAUCUUUUUGACGGCCCGUGCAAAGCAAAUGAGUUUGUGUGUAAGUUAUUCCUCGACGGCCCCAAGACGGCACAAGAAAGUGCGUCAAAAGAGAAAAGUCCUCAGAUCCAGCUGUACAUGUCCUACUCAGACAGUAAGCUGUCAGUCUUGGUGAAGCACCUGAAGAACAUUAGGCUGCCCAAUGGUUCCAACCCUGAUGCCUACGUGGUUACACGACUGAGACCUGACCCCCACGAGCGCUCCAAGAGAAAGACGAAGGUGGUCCGCAAUAACGAUAACCCCACCUUCAAUGAACUGUUGGAGUACAAUGAUGUCCCGCUGCUAUAUGGAAUGGUGCUGGAAGUGAUGGUGAAGAGCAAAAAAGCUUUUCUUGCUGCAGCCAACAUUAAAGUGGAGGAUGAGUUACUGGACAGGGAGCGAUGGUUCCUCCUAGGGAGCUAUUCAGUUUGACCUCAGGAAAAUGCUACAAGAUUUUUGCCAGCAGAGGGUGACAGAGACACUGGUGAAAAAAUGAUUUGUUUCAGACUGAGGGAGACACAAGAACUGGACACAGACAGGUCACCCUAUUUAACAGCGUCAGCUUUAUGCACUCAGUUAAGUUACAAAUCUAAGUUUAAAAAAAUGUUCAUGUUUACUUCUUAAUGACCCUGAUUUAUGACUGUAGCCUUGGUAAGGGAUGAAGGAAAAAAGACAACUUUUGCACUUUAUUGAGACUUUACCUCCUGUGAGUGAUGAAUUGUAUUUACUGUAAUUUAAAUUAUCCUCCUUAGUGUGUGCUAAAGAUCAUCACACUUGAAAGAAGAGCUCGGUGCUGUUUGAGUAGCCGGGCUCUUACCUGCCCAGAAUUAGUGAGAAUGUCCAUCUGGGCGAGCAGACGUCCUUGAUCGUUCGAGUUGGCAAGCAGGAGGGGGGUGAAGAGCGUGUGUGAGCCGGGUGACAACUCAGCCUGUCUGGCCUGAGGCAGUGAGUUAACACGUUUGCCCGCGCUCCAUCCCGUCUUAGCCAUCAACAUGUGCAUGCAAAACCACAUUAAAGCAGACACUCACAUGCUCACAUGUCAAACAUAUGGACAAAAUCCACGAUAAGCAGUCAGUCACAAAGGAAUUAGCCGUGUGCAUUUUAUCUGGAACAAGCAAGACAUCAACAAAUGCAAUUUAUUGUUAUUACAAUAAAUUGUGCAGAAAUCAAAAGAUAUCUUGAGCAUCUUUUAUUCAUUGGUAAAUGAGCUCAACAAGCUAGUUUGUGCCAACUACAUGCUAAUUAACUUACUGGUGAGCCCAAGGAGGGUCCACUGGUCCUAACUUCUUUAUAUUAUUUAAUGGUGUAUAUCAUACUUCCCCAACCCCUGGGCCGCGGACCACUACCGGUCAGUGGGUCAUUUGGUACCGGGCCGUACAGAAAGAAUAAA